ACGCUCACACGGAUGCCGAUGUGCAGUUAAAGGUGCCGAGAUGGGUGGAACGUGGUGCCAGUGCGACAUUAGAAUGUCUGCAUGAUGUAGAUUCGAGUGUUCUAUUCAAGGUAUCAUGGUUUAGGGAAGAAAUGAAAUUUUUUGAAUUUGUUAAGGGACGAAAACCACCGUUUAAAAAUUUUACCAUGGAAGGAGCAAUCAUCGAUUGGGAAAAUUCAAAUGAAUCUCAAGUGACUUUGGCUAAUGUUGAUUUUAAAUUAUCCGGACAAUUUACCUGUGAGGUAUCAAUGACCUCACCAUUGUAUACAAAAGCAUCUGUGGAACAAUUUAUGAAUGUAUUUUUACCACAAACGGGCCCACCGGUGAUCAGGUUCCGUAAACGCAGUCCUGUGGCUAUUGGCGAGCGUCUAAUGGCAUUAUGUAAUACAACACGUGCCCGACCAGCACCACACAUUACAUGGCUUAUAAAUGGCAAAAAGGUUGAUGAGAAACACAUACGCACCCAUCAUGUUUAUUCAAUCAGUGGCAAAAAUCAUCGUAAACCACCACAGCCACACGAGCAGGAGGAAUAUAACAUAGUCCAGGCGAAACAAAAGAAGCUACAAAAACAAACUAUUCAACAGCAAUAUCAUGAAUCCCAACAGCAACCACACACGUAUACCCAGCAGCAAUAUAGCAUUUAUCAGCCACAAUAUCACAUACCAAUGAUACCCGAUCGAUGGGAUAAAAGUUUACGAACUGGCCGUGGAUGGGAAGAUUAUUCGGUUACACAACAUAAAGGCGGACACCAUGGUCAUCAUGGCGACGGACAUCGCCAUACCGCACUUCCCUACAACAAUCCCUUCGGUCAUUUGGCCAUUAUACACGAUAUCGAAUUUGAUGAUUAUGAACUACAGCACAAUUACGACAAUAAUAAGCAACACAUGGACAAUACGGUUAAAAAACAUAUGGACAGCAUGAAGAAACACAGAAAUUCCUCAAGUCGUAAAUAUCGUCGUCACAUCAAUGAAAAUGCUCUUGGCAUUAUACGCAGCACAUUGAAUAGUGGUGGAUUUGGUCCUCAGCCACCCAAUAUGAAUAAUGAACUGGGUAUACCUCCGAAUGCUGGGCCCAUGAAUGCAUUUGCUGCCAGUUACGGCAGACCAUUGUCGCAUCCUGGUGGUGGCAGUGGAGUGGCUGCUGCAGCUGCCGCUGUUACCGAAGCCCAACAAGAGAAAGGUAUGUUUUCGGUGAGCCAAUUAAACAUUGAGUUGACAGAACAACAUGUGGGUCCUAAUGGCCGUAUGGAGCUGACAUGCCUCUCGACAAUUCCAUCAGCAGUAGGACCCGGUGAACAGUUUGCGGAUUAUAAAACAUAUUCGAUUAAGGUGGAUGUUGGACGUACGGAGACAACUACUAUCUCAACAACAACACCUACUAUUGGAAUGGCGGCCUUAGGCAAUGGUGUGACACCAUCGUCUGCGACGUCAUUGGCACCAUCGUACAAUCGCAUUACAAAAAUCCAUAAUUUAUGGCUGCAUAUAUUUGCGAUUAUCUUUGUACUUUGGCGAAUAUUGAAACAACAACAUUAAGGAAUUUGAAAAUGUAUAAAUUGUAAAACUCUAAAAGAUGUGAAGAAGAAGAUGGUUGAUUAGAUAUGAGAUUAUAAAUAUAUACUAAAAACUAACACAUACAUACAUUAAUACAUACAUACAUAUGUAUGUAUAUCUACUUUUACAUAGCCAAAAGCAAAAAAAAAAAAACAAACACAAACAAAAAGAUACUUACAACCACUAAAAAGGGGCAAAAUAAUGAAGGUGGGUUAAACAAGUGACAAAUAUUUCCCAGUGAAUAAAAAUAACAAAAAAAAAAAAACAAUAAACCCCACCGAGUGAAUAAAAACAACUUUAGAAAAUAGAUGAAUAUAUUCCAAGAAUUAGUAAAUUGAAAAGGUUUUGUUUUUUAAAUGUGUUUUUGACUCGAAGAGUUAAGUUUUAAUGUAAAAGAACGCAUAAGUUUUGUAAACCCCUUUUGGAUAUUAUAUAUAGUUGGUUUUUAAGAAUCAGCAGUUUCAAUUCUAAUUACAAGAAUAUCACUAAAAUUAUAUUUUUUUUUUAAAUUAUUAAUUGCAACCUAGGAAUAUUUUUUUAUAUACAUAUUUUCUUACAUUUCUCAUAUCGAAAUUCACAUAAACUGUUUGAGAAUUAUAACACAUUGUAAUAUACUUCAUCCAUAAAAAAUUUGGAAUCGGUAACUUUAAUUUUUUAUUACGUAAAUGCAAUAUGGUUCAAACAAUGUGAUCCAGAUUCACUAUUCUUCUUAGAGAACUUUAGUUUAUUUCGAUAUGACCCAUGCAAGUGGCAUGGCUAUGUAUAUAAGGAAGGGUAUAAAAAGUAAUUUGUAUUGCAGUUCUGCAUCUAGUGACCAAUGGAAACAAGAUGCUGAUAAGCUGUGUAUACUGACCACAUCGCAGAAUUGAUACUACCAUUGUUUUCCAUGUUCUUAAGAAUAUUUCACUACAAUUUGAGGAUGUUGUCAUUUGUGGAGACUAUAAUUCAAAUAACCUGUUAAAAGAAGCCAACUCACUUUUCUUCCACCUUGAACUUGCUUUUGGAUGUUAUUUUUUGUUGGUAAUAGUACGAAAGCUUUGUUGUAUUAUCAGCUUCCAGUGCCUUGUUUCUCUAAACAUGACUUAUUGUUUUUUACCUUUGACUUCAAACACCAUGAGAUUGCGAAUUCGAAUACGUACUAUGAUUAUACAACUAUUGAUCACAACACUCUUGAUUUUAAGUUAUCGCUUAUAGAUUUAGAUUGGAAAUCUAUUUACUAUAUGUCAUCUAUCGAUGAUCAACUAAAGUUUUUGGAAGUAAAAUUGGAACAAUUUUUUCCAAAACAGUGUCUCAAAAACAGUUGCAAGGAAUUGCAGAAAGAAAUCAUGGUUCAUGUAUUCACGCUGGAAGCGUUUUAAAACAGUUGAAUUAUAUAAUGACUUCUGUACCGCUAGAAGACUAGUCAAUAAUAAGAUAGAGAGUGCAAAGAGUGCAUACUACAGUCGGAUUUUUACGUGUUCUAUUGAUUCUAAGAAAAUGUGGAAAAAUAUGCGAGAUAUCGGAGUUGGUAAAUCCAAAGUUUGUGUUGUAUCAGAUGUUGACGUUGAAGCCCUAAAAAAAAGUUUACCUCACUUCCUCUUGUGCAGUCAUAUCUAAACUUUUAUAACUGUAAUGUUGACACUUUCACACAAAACAACGUGUUCAGUUUUAACUGCAUGAAUGAAGCUGAAUAACAUCUGUUGUCAAAGUAUAUACAUACGUACGACAACAACGAUGUAAUGUUGACAACGUAAUGUUGUCAACAUUGCCACAAUUCGUUAUCGAAAUCUGACAAAAAACGAAAUUGACAAACAAUCCGUUGCCAAUAGUGAGCACGUACGAUAACACAUUCCAUAGUGUUAUCGUACGUAAGUAUAUACUUUGACAACGGAUGUUAUGGAAAAAUUAUAAAAUCUUUGAUGUCAAUUUGGUACCAGGCGUGUAUAUUGCUUUUCCCCUCUGUGUAAGUCCAAUGGUGAAUAGCGUCCAAUAGCAAUUUUGAACUACUUUCCAAAGGUCCUCAAAUAUAUGAUCAUGUUGAAAAUAAUAACUUACUUACUGAUCGGCAGUCUGGCUUUCGAAUUAAAUACAGCUGUGUAACUGCUCUAAUUGAUGUCUCAAAACAAAUAAGAAGCAAUAUUGACAAUGAAUAUUGUAGAAUGGAAAUUUUUAAAAAUUGUAUAAAAGUUUAUACAUAUAUUUGUAAAAUUUCUGAAAAGUAUCUCCCUAUGUUCCGAAGUGACAAAACUAAAAAAGUGGAAAUAGAUGUAAGCGAUAUUCAAUGUUUCCAUUUACAAAAUAGAUAUAUUUGCCCAAUCUCAAUGAAAGUUUAAGAAAGCAUCACUAGAUUCUAAUAGUCAUUUCGAAAAUAAAUGUCCAAUUUAUAUUUUACGAGGAUUUUUACAUGAUUGAUAUUGAUCUUUGUCGCAAAAAUAUCGAGAUUUGUAUCGAAAUUGGCCUUAAACUAAAUGGGUGCAUUACGACAACCUGAAACUCUGAAAGUGGAAUCCAGAUGUAUAUAUAUUUAUAAGUGAUACUAGGAACUGUUAACCCAUAAAUAUUAAUCAAAAAUAUGUAUUUGAAAAUUUGUUUAACUUAAGUAUUUCAGGGUUGCAAUAGUAAUAACACUUUGUAUACAUAUAUUUUUUUUAAUUUACUAAAACCAAAUAAUUAACAAUUACAACUCAUUCUUUUCAAAUUGAAACCAAAAAUUAUUGAUUAUUUAUUUGUUUUCAACAUUUUCUAGAGCAUUAAAAAAGUUCCACAAUGCAUACUUAUUUGCAAACUAAAAAAAAUAAAAUCAAAAGGGGAAAUUUACUGAAAAAUAAAAAAACACACAGCAACCAAAACACCUUGAACUAAGAAUUCUGGCAAACAAUUGAAAUUUUUGUUUGCUUCGAAAUCAGUGGAAUAAAACAAUAAUUUUUUUUUAUUAACAAAAACAUUUUGUAGGAAAAUUAAACUGAAAUGAAAAAAAUAAAUAUUUGUAAAAAAAAUAGUUGUACAUAUACAUAGAUGAGUGUUAAAUAAAUGUAGAAAAAAAUACUAAAUAUAAAUGAAAAGAAAAUUCUAAUGGAAAAUAAUUGUGUAUUUGCUGUAGGUGAAAUGUUUUUUUUUUUACAUAAGAGAUUAAAACAAUAAUAAAUCCCUUCAAAGAUUACAACAUGUAUUGUAUUUAAUAAAAAAUCUUUAAGUUUUUCCUUUACCACACAUGUCUUUUUCCUCUCUAAAAUUUUGGAAUAAUAU